AUGGAGAAUGAAAGAGUCAGGACGAGGAAGUGUAAUGACUUAUUCAUGUUUCAGGGGCAGACGACCAUCUAUGCAAAGUUGGCAAAAAAUGUUUAUCUUCCUGAAGAUGCUGAGUUUUAUUUUAUUUAUGAGGUCUCAUCAAGGCACGUCGUGAUUGCCCAGCGCGUCGAGGAUAAUGUUCUCCAAUCCAGCAUUCCAGGCCACCAACUUCAGGAAACUGUGACAGUGUCUGUGUGCCUCUGCUCAGAAGGUUACUCGCCAGUGACCAUGGGUUCUGGCUCAGUGACCUAUAUGGACAACCUGGCCUGCAGGCUGGCCCGCUUGCUGGUUACCCAGGCUGACCGCCUCACAGCUUGUAGCCACCAGACCCUGCUGACCCCGUUGCCUGCCACCGGAGCACUGCUUGCCUUGGAUGAGGAACUCGUGCUAGCUCUGAGCCAACUGGAGCUGCCUCUAGGUUGGACGGUCCUGGGAAAUUCUUCACUUGAAGUGUCUCUACAUAGAGAGUCUCUUUUACACCUGGCCGUGAGAUGGGGCUUGGCUAAGCUUUCUCGCUUCCUCCUGUGUCUCCCUGGGGGAGUCCAGGCCUUGGCCAUACCCAAUGAAGACGGUACCACGCCGUUAGACUUAGCUUCACAUGGUGGACAUUCCAUGCUGAUGGAAGACAUCACAAAUCUUCAGGGCAGAUGCUCCCUGGGAUUCUCCCGCGUGCAGCUCAGUGAAGAGGCCUCCCUGCAGUUUGUCCACUCAUCAGAGACGCUGACUCUCACUCUGAACCACACAGCUGAGCAUUUGUUGGAGGCAGAUAUUAAACUCUUCCGGAAAUACUUUUGGGACAGAGCCUUUCUUGUCAAGGCUCUUCAGCAAGAAGCCAGGCCAGAGGAAAGACCAACUAUACCCUCUGGAGCUGCAGAAACUAAAGAAG